AUGGUGGACGCCACGGGUUGGUCCUGGUCUGCACUGCAUGGAGCAUGCUACUGGAACUCGGUUGGAAGUGUGGAGCUCUUGAUCGAAGCGGGAAGUGAUCUUAACAUGGCGUCUCAGUACUCUCCCCUACGUCUUCCUGAUACUGGAGCUACGCCAUUGAUCAUCGCUGUGGACAGGGGUCACCACCGAAUUGCGCAACUGUUGCUUGAGGCGUCUGCGAACGCAGAUGCAAGAACUGCCGGGGGCGUGACAGCUUUGUCUCUUGUUGCAGGGAAGGGGCCCUCAGUUGCUACAGUGCGUACCGUGCAGCUGCUGAUCCAAGCCGGGGCAACUGUCCUUGCACAUGAAGGUUUUCAAAGAACACCCUUGCAUGCAGCCGUGCAAUCUGGCCACUGCGCCGUGGUAGAAGCCCUGCUUGAGGCCCGGUCAGCCGUAAAUGCCUUGAGUCCUGAGGGCUUGCAGAUAGCCUUUUCUCGGGGUGAUAUUGAUUGCGACUUGCUGGGCUUGCUUCUGCGACGCAGUGCUGAUGUGACGGAGGUUGUGAGGGACGGUGGACUGCAUCUGACAGCCACGCGUGCGCAUGUUGGUGCCCUGCAGCAGUUGCUUGAGGCAAGAGCCGAUGUGAAUAGACGACAGUUCUGGAAACACAGCAUUGGGCCUGGUCCGGCAACAGUUGAGCGGCUUAGAAGUUGA